UUCUGGUUAGUACUACUACUAUAUAAAUAUAUUUCGAUACUAUAUUGUUCAGAGAGAUUCAAACUUUACAAUUCCACCACUGACUCACUUUCUAUAAUUUUCUUGUUUUCUGCAGAAAAUAUUAGGGUAAGGAUUGAACCAAUUAAAGAAAAGAUUCCAAAACAUGUACUAAAAGUCAUAGAAGAAGAGCUUGCAAAACUGGUUAUGCUAGAAUCUAGUUCCAGCUGUGUCGAGAGUACUUAUGACUACCUUGAUUGGUUGACCAUGUUGCCUUGGGGAAAUUUCAGUGAUGAGAAUUUUGAUAUCCAAAAGCCAGAAAAGAUUCUUGACAAUGAUCAUUACGGAUUAUCUCAUGUAAAAGAGAGAAUCUUAGAGUUUAUUGCCGUGAGAAGACUCAAAGGCACUUCAAAAGGGAAGGUCAUAUGCCUCUCAGGGCCACCUGGAGUAGGCAAAACUAGCAUUGGCCGUUCUAUAGCACGUGCUCUUGGACUCAAGUUCUUCCGGUUUUCCGUUGGAGGACUAUCUGACGUUGACGAGAUUAAGGGGCUUCGUCGAUCAUAUGAUGGUGCAUUGCCUGGAAAGAUGGUGAAGUGUCUAAGGAGCGUGGGAACAUUAAAUCCUCUUGUUCUGAUUGAUGAGAUUGAUAAGCUUGGAAAGAGCAGCUCUGACGACCCAGGUAGUGCAUUGUUGGAGCUUCUGGAUCCAGAGCAGAAUGCGGAUUUUAGAGACCUGUAUCUAGAUGUUACUAUCGACUUAUCCAAGGUCUUAUUUGUAUGCACAGCAAAUGUGUUAGAUAAGAUUCCAACACCUCUGCUAGACAGAAUGGAGGUGAUUAAUAUCUCAGGGUAUAUCACUGAUGAUAAGAUGCAUAUUGCUAGAGACCAUUUGCUGAAAACCACAUGCAUGGAAUGUGGCAUCAAGCCUGAACAGGUUGUUGUUAGGGAUGCAGCUCUUCGUUCGUUGAUUGAAAAUUACUGCAGAGAACCAGGAGUUAGAAAUCUCCAGAAGCAUAUUGAGAAGAUUUACCGUAAGAUUGCUCUGAAGCUAGUACGAGAAGGGGCAUCCGCGGAAACUCCUGAGGUUUCGGUUAAAAUUUUUAUGAUUGAUGAAUCAAACCUUGCAGAUUAUGUAGGCAAUCCAGUUUUAUAUGCAGACAAGAUCUAUGAACAGACACCAGUGGGGGUUGUAAUGGGUCUUUCUACGAAAUCCACGGGUGGCUCAACACUGUACAUAGAGACAACCUCUGUAGAAGAAGGAGAAGGCAAAGGCGGUCUUCAUAUAACGGGUCAGCUUGGGGAUGUGAUGAAAGAAAGCGCAGAGAUAGCUCACGCAGUUGCUAGAAGAAUCAUGCUCGAGAAAGAACCCAAGAACCUCUUCUUUGCGAACUCCAAGCUUCAUUUACAUAUUCCUGAAGGAGCCACACCAAAAGACGGUCCAAGCGCAGGCUGCACAAUGAUCACUUCCUUUCUAUCACUUGCCAUGAAGAAGCCUGUGAGGAAGGAUCUUGCAAUGACCGGAGAAGUCACUCUGACUGGUAGAAUACUUCCAAUAGGUGGAGUUAAGGAGAAGACUAUAGCUGCAAGACGGAGUCAAGUGAAGAUGAUGAUCUUUCCUGAGGGUAACCGUAGAGAUUUUGAUGAGCUCGCGUGCAACUUGAAAGAAGGGCUUGAUGUUCAUUUUGUCGAUGAGUAUGAGCAGAUUUUUGAGCUAGCCUUUGGGUAUAAUAUGGGGUCUCCUCCGUUGAAUUUUAGAAGAAGUCUGACAAGCUUCAUGUGGGAUUUACUUAGUGGUUGUUUUCAGUAGUAAUAUAUCACUGAUACUUAAAUUCUUUAGGCUGAUCUUCCUUUAACUCUUACUUGCCACAAGAUUAAAUGUAAUAUGAGCCAGGGAUUCUUUAGUAUACUAUUACUACUAAUCAGGAGAAUUUAUUUUGGAGUAUAUAAAAAUGGUUUACAAACGCCAAACAUGUCUUUUGUAGUCCAUCAUCAUCAUGGCUUACAUAAAGUUCUACUAUUUAUAGUUGUAUACACACAUACACCUCUUACUACAGAGAUUACAUCGAUUAAGGAAUCACAAAGUAGGAUAUUUAACGAUUAAUAUCAAGAAUUAAUGCUUGCUUUUGUUAGUUCGCUUCCAAUAAAAAGCAGUAUCUGAUUAGCUAUUAUUAUUUAUAUACUUUAUACCACUUCAGUUUAACUUGGCAGUAAAAAGAAAAACAUGAACCUGCUUUGAUAAAAUAGUAUUUGAUUAAUCAUGUUUUUUUAAAAAAAAUUGAUUAAUCUUGUUUAUGACAUGUGCUUUCUAUAUAUCCUUUUAGAAAUUUCUCGAAUCUAUAACCCUUGUCAUGUUUGUCUUUGUUUUUUCUUUGAAUGAUAGAUUCUUUGUUUCUACUAUAUAUAUUGUUCAGUGAGAUUAUAACUUUCUGAUGCACCACUGAUUCAUGACGCCUAACUUACUAUUGUAUUAAGAGUUAUAACUUAGAGGUCGAUGACUGUAAAAAGAUUAGGAUCAGGAUAGACUUUAUUAAAGACAUUCCAAUACAUAAAGGAAGUCACAGAAGAAGAGCUUAAUGUGACCUAUAACUAGUUGACCUAUGGAAAUAAUGUUACAGAAUCUCACUGGCCGUCAAAUUUCAUCAUGUUAUAAGAAAAAAGAAAUAUAAUGGUAAGGAAAUCAAGAGUUGGAAGAUGAGCUUGAAAAUAUUAAAGAAAACAUGUCACAACUGCAAAAAGAAAGAGUAAUAAGAGAUACUUGUUCUAAAUAUUGUUAGUUAAAUGCUAGCUCAAAUAUCUGCUCAUAUUCAUCGACGAAAUGAACAUCAAGACCGUCUUUCAAAUUUUCGGGGAGCUCAUCAAAUUCUCUCCGGUUAGCCUCUGGAUAUAUUAUGGUCUUUAAUUGACUUCGUCUUGCCCCCAUAGUCUUGUCCUUCACCUGAGAAAGAAUGUAUUAUAAGCGACUUUAAAAAAAAACUAUAAACAGUAGUACUUUAGUGUUAUGUGACUUACAUGGCCAAUUUGAAGAAUUUCACCCGUUGGAGUUAUUUCUCCGGACAUUGCAAGAUUCUUCCUAACAGAUUUAUUCAUGGCAAGUGAUAGCAAGGAAGUGCAUAUCGUGCAGCCUGCGCUUGCACCGUCAGAUGUAGGCAUAUAUACGUAGACCUUGGAAUUGGUAAAGAAGGUGUUCCCGGGUUGUUUCCGGAGAAGGAUUCUUUGGGCGGCUUCGUAAGCUAUACAAGCGCUUUCGUACGUCUCCAUCCCAACCUGGCCGAUUACAUUAAUGCUGCAUAUGUCUUCUUCACUUUCCUCGACAAGCAUUGUCUUCACGUACCAUGCUAAGCCAUCUAUGAACGCUGUAGCUUGACCUUCUACGUACCACUUAGCUAGACCAAUAGCAAACCCUAUGGGUGUCUGCUCAUACAAAACUUGUUUCCCAACAUAACUUGCUAGGUUGAUUGCUUUAAACAUUACCGUUUUAUCUGCUUCACUGACAUCAAUCUGCCCUUGAGCAUUUAUGAAAUGAACCUUUGAAUCCUUAAAGUACUUUAGGAAUUCUGAGUCAGAAAUGGCCAAAGGUUUAGCAUCAAAAACAACUGAAGGCACUUCAAGGUAUACUUUUUUUCCUGCUACUCUAAUAACAAUCUGCCAGAAAGGUCAAUGUUUUCAGAUUCUUGGGACUCAAGUAAACAAAUAUCAAGGGUGCAUGCGGUGCCUCAAUCAGACCAAUUUGGAAACGAUACCACACCAAUCUUUCAAUGCAUUCAGUGAUUAUCAAAACUUUUACACAGCCAAGCAAGUAAUUUAGAAGAUUUACCGUUAAGGGAUAUUGGAGACUUGGGUGAACCGCUGGAGAAGACUCUAGCUCGGCAUCCAUUGUAGUGAGCUGGCUCGUUUUGGUUUUCAAUCUAUCAAAGUCAUCUUUAACUAAUGUUAUUUGUUUCACUUCUAUAAAGCCAAAAAAACAAAACCCUAGAUAACUUAAAAAUCACAACAAUUCGUCUUUAUCUUGCUCCUUUUUUUCUGCUUCAAAUUUUUAUCCCACUCGAUCUAUAAAUAUUAGUCGAAGUUAAUUUGCAAAGUAUAUUACAUAGAAAUUAAAGAGACAGCAUAUAGAUUAAUUUUAUUUAAUAUCUUGCUCCUUUGUUACUACUCAUUUGAUUAACAUUCCUUUUAUUUUUUCAGGAGGUAUUCAUUGUUUUUUGAUCCUCAAGUUUUGAAGACCAACAUUGACAAGAUACUAGAGGAUGCUUUCUGGUCAAAUAUAAAGAGUGUCCACUUCCCCUCACUACCUAGCUUGUUGUUCUCUGGUGAAGACCAAAACUUACUUGGACCACAAGAUAACCAAGAAGCAGAUACACAAGCAGGUGAGAAAAGGACAUUCGAUCAGAUUUCAUGAUCAUGUUUGCUGUUCUGCGCUUUCUAGAAAUAUAGCUCAGCUUUCAAGAGAAAAACCUUGUUACAAAUUUGUUGUUUAAAAACAGAAGAUUUUUUAAGACCCAUUUUGUAUGUAGUUCUCUUAUUUUUACUUAUGGUUCUUACUCCUUUACAAAGGGCCAUAACUCACAUGAGUUUUGAUCAUUUUGAUUAUCUUGCUUUGAUGCUUCUGAUACAAACAAAUAAGACAAGACCUCGUUGAGUCUACUCAAAAAGACGCCUAAGUAGAUAAUAACAAAUAGUGAACUUCUUUGAAUCAUGAAAUGCAUAAUCUUCAUCCACACAUACAUACAAAGGACUAUUUUUCAAAGAUCCAAAAUAAACAAAGGUCUUUCAGGUCAAAGUCUACCGGUCAAGUGUUGUUCUAAUUAAUGCACACACAAAAAAAAAGAAACUUAUUUACUCCUAACAAAAUUGAUUAAUAACGCACCAGUCUUCUAACAGUUUAAGCUACAAAAUGAAUUGGGACAUCAAUUCAUUAAAACAAGAGUUACAUUUACACGAUACUAUAUAUUGAUAGAGGAUUCUACUAUAAUCCUCCAAAUUAUUCAUUCAUAUUAUAAUAAUACUAAACCACCAUAUUCGUAUUUAACAUUUAGAAAAACAUACAUUGUUCCUUCACAUCUAAGCCAAGCAAUGGGUGUAUCUUGCAUCACAAGAAACACAUAUUCAAUCCUCUCUCUUCAACUUCUUCUGAUUCUUAUCAUCACCCCUUCAUCUUUUUCCUUUACUCCCACAGACAACGUCACGAAAGAAACCCUCAACAAACUCUGCUCACAAUCAAUCCUUUACAAUCGUCGUUUUUGCGUCAAAUGGCUAACCGCUCAUAAUAGAACGACCUCAAUGAACAUCCGGGGCCUUAUGGAGUUCGCAGCCGAAAAAGCUCAAGCGUUUGGUCAGGAAAACCUAGAUCUGAUGGACCUCUUUGCAAAAAUCUCAGGUAAUGACAAGCAGUUCAAGAACGCUUGCGUUGAAUGUGUGAAUGGCUAUGGCACAGCGAUCAAAGAGCUUGAAGUAGCUAAAGAGUUUUUGAGAAAUAACUCGUUCCAACAAGCAUAUAACGCUGCUUACAAAGCACUUGAUUAUGCUUAUGUAUGCAAAGAUCAGUUCGAAGGACCUUCUAAUGAGCCGCCUUUUGUUUUGAAUCGCAGUGUCAAGUUUAUCGAAAUGUGUCACAUUGUUAGAUUUUUCACUAGUCUUUUCAAUUAAAUUUAUAUAUGAUUUACAAGCAAAAGAGAGCAUAAUAAUAAUAACUCAAUAAGAAAUUUUGUAUCCAAGCAGUUUCUUUGCAUAGAUAUAUAUAUAUAUAUAUAUAUAUAUAUAUACAACAUAUGUAUGUCGUUAAAACCAAAAUCAUAACCUUAUAAGAUUUAAAUGAGAAUAAAAAUAUACAUCAAUAAGAGGUUAGAUAUGAUAAAGAUCAUUUCACAGUUAUCACACGACUGUAAGCUGCGUUUACAAAUAUUCCGGUCGAAUAAGUCUCCAAAGUAUUCUAGACUUCUAGUAACGUUCAUACAUUAAGACUUGGGAAAGGAUAAAUUAAGUUUUAAAUCUUAAACAUAUAUAACAGUAUUUUCUUUUCAGUUUUGGGUUUUGGAGAUAUAUAACCGUAAAACUUUGUGCUUUAAUUAGUCAGAAGAAAAAAAGAAAAAAAAAACUUCAUAGUUCAAUUGAUUAGAGCAUAGAUUAUAGAUUCAAAUUUGGUGCCGUAGAGAUCAAGGAACCGAUCAAAGCAUUGCUUCGCGGCUUCAUCGAAUCCUAAUUUGGUAGCUAGACUCAGCAAUCGAGCUUUCUCCGAUUCGAGAUCUUGUCCCUUCAUAUUCGAGAGGCGGAUUCUCGACUCCGGCAACGGAAUCAGCGUGUUUUGUUCCACGACGGCGAUUCGAAGAAGCCUCCGCGCAAUUGACCUUGUCAGCUACGUUUUCCCGCUAUUUUUUAAACGUUGCCGUUCUCCAUUGGAUGGGCUUUGAGGCCCAACUAUCUCUUUUUCAAACCCAGCUUAAACGAUCGGUGUGAGUCCAUUAAUAACCCGGUACCAUGGUUUACCUUUCCUGGUUCAACUGAUCUCCUAUUAAAUGUCUAGGUGAGGGUUUUAAACAUACGAAAAAACAUAGAUGAAGGUCUUUUCAGAUAAUGUUGUAAAGAUGAGGACACUAUUAUCUUGGCUAGCUGGCUGUAUGAGUUGGAAAGGGAAAAAUAAAAAAGUCUGGUCCCAACUUUUCAAUUUAUUAAUUGGGGGCAAAAGUUUUAAAUUCAGCGGUUUUUGUGAAGCAACUCUUGCAGUUUUCCUAUGGAUAUUUGAUAUUUCCCUAGAUGUAUAGAGGUCCUUUGUUCCCAUUAAUAGGUUAAUAGCGCGGGCCAUGUCCAAUUGUUCACUUGGUUCUUGAGCAAGCUCCACUACUCGAUAAAGUCAAAUCUUUCUCCCCUUUUGUUUUGUUUUAUUUUUGUAACUUUUUUGUAACAGUUAUUUUGUUUUAUUUAUUAAAAGAGUAAUAAUAAUAAUGAUAAUAAUAAUAAUAAUAAUGAAGAAUAUAGAGAAAAACAAAUUAGUGUAUACUCAUACAAGAGCAACAAGUAUUUCGGUUUUUUUUUUUGUAUAUCUCCAUUAUUCUGAAUCCUACAUACUACUUCUCCGGAAAUAAGUUGCUACAAUUAGGGUAGAAAAUCAAUCACAAUAUGCAUGGUAGUAGGUGGCUGCCAUGUAAGAAUAUUGAGAAAGUAAGAGAAAUUGAUUGAAAUGCAUAAGUUAGCAUCAAUUUUCAGAAUACAUUUAAUCAAAAAUAUCUUAAUAUUUAAAUUUAUGAUUUAAUAAUUAUCUUAUAGGGUUAAAGGGUGAAGUUGGGUUUAUAAAUUUUUAUAAAUGAUUAUUAAACAUUUAAAUUGAUUUAAAAGAGUUCGUUUAUGAUAUUUAUGAAAAUGAUUAUUUUUUAAAAGUAAAUUUGGAAAGUGGUAUUAAGUUUGUGGUUAAAUUAGAAUUGCUCCGGAAAGUAAUG